AUGCGGAAGAUGGCUAGCAAACGGCUACAACUUCAGAGGGCAGCAGACGAGGCGGCUCAGGCAGCUAUUACACCGGCGGCAGUCGGUACAGCUCCCCCACGGCCGCCUCCGACAGUGAAGCCCCAGCGCACUGGGGUGCCCAUUCAGCCCGUUUACACUGCCAUCCUCACGUAA